CACCCUCUUCCUUUCUCUUUCAAUAUUUUCUCUCUGAUCACACUUUCAUAUCUUCAGAAAGUGAAAACACAAGAUCAUGUGGCAGUUUCUAAAAUAUCAAUUUCUCGGGAUCCGGAUCCCUUACAAAACUUAUAGUUUUAGCACUGAAACGUUUGAUGCUGACCCUUUAACGAAGUCGGUGAGACUUGAAAGGCAUUUCCGUGGCGAAUUCUCCAUGGCUUCUGUUCAGUCAAAUAAGGAUAUGGAAGACCACAACCAAGUUGAUGUUAGCCAUGGUGCACUCUUUGUUGGAAUUUAUGAUGGCUUUAAAGGCAACAACGCUGCCUCCUAUAUCCGUAGACACAUCUUUAGGGCCCUACUGAGGCGUAUUGAGCUGAAUGAUAACCAAAUGACUGUGGCUAUUUUGAGGGAAGUUGUUGAGGAAAUCGAAAACGGGUUUCUUGAGUAUGCUACAAAUACUUACGAGCAAAAUCAACAUCAGGUAGGGAUAGGUUUAGUUAGUUCAGGUUGUUUGAUUUGUAUUAUAUGGAGAGGGAUACUAUAUCUUGCCAAUGUUGGAAACUCACGCGCUGUACUUGGUUCUAAGGAGCGUGUUGGUCCAUUUAAAAGAUUCCGUGUAGAGCAAUUGGUUAGAGAUCACAGUUGUGAUAAUCCAGAUAUUCAAAAUGAACUCCAUGCAAUGCAUCCAGAUGAUAAAAAUAUUUGCGAAUUUAGUGAAGUGCGGCCUAUAACUGAUUAUCAAGUGUACCCUUUACAUGAAUAUUAUUCUAGCAAAGAUCCAUCGUGGACUAUUAAAGGCUUAAUCGAAACAAGCAGAUGUAUAGGAUAUGCAUACUUGAAGAAGGCACUGUUUACUGUGGGCACAUCAUUCUGUAUCCCGACGCAUGAACGAGUGGUUUCACUUUUUACAAGACCUGUGCUAACAUCAGAACCAGAAGUUUAUUCAAGAGUCUUAAAAAACACGGAUAGAUUCAUUAUAUUUGGAUCUAGCGGAUUUUGGAAACUGAUGUCAAAUGAGUUUGCUGCUAGAAUUGUUAACAGCAGUCCACGAGAUGAUAUCGCGAAAAGACUAGCCAUAUUUGCUAUAGAGAAGGGGGCUGGUAAAAAGGGAAACAAAUACAGUGACAUUGUCAGGUUUCCUAAGGGAGAAGAAGUUAGCGGGGAUUGGGGUUUGAAACGGCGCAGAACUAGACCGAUUUAUUAUGAUGAUAUGACUGUGAUUGUUGUAUUUUUCGACAAAAGGCCAAGUGGUGUGAGGCCGGAGAUCAAUUGUUAUACUUGCAGUGAUUUCGCAGAUCAACUAUCAGAGUUUACACAUUUCUAUAAUAAUAAUAAUAAUAUGAAUGUGUGA